ACCGCGGCGAAAAGACCGAUCUGAGGACCCCGGAAAAGGCGUCCAAGAAGAACGCCGUAUUCAAUUCACCCCCUCAUAUUUUUUUCUUUUUGUUUUAACUAUGCAGACAAUUUAGUAAUGACUGACUGUACAUGUUCAAUACAUACAAAAAAAAAAAAAAUCGCAUUUGACAAUUUUUCCACGUGUAUGACUUUACAACCGCCAUCAUCGAUGGCUGACCCACUUCCUGCCGACAGUGGGGCUACUUCUCCAGUGAAUGAGAGAGCGAUAUCGGCGGUCGACGUCACCAAAGGAAGGAAGUUACUGCAGACGGCGGGAGCCGCACUUCCUUUCCCUCCCCUCCAGGUGUCAGCCAAUGGGAGGCCGUGCGUCAUGUUCCAGGCCAGAAAGUUGGCGCUACGCUACGAGAGGCGCAAGCAAGUGGACCUGACUGAGCGAGCCUUCUCACCUCGAAAGUCCGUUGACACCAGCCAGUCACUGUGCCGUCACGACAUGGCCACGCUGGUGAUGACGUUUGGAGAUGUGGAUGAUUUGCGAGGCCUGUCCAUUAGAAUGCAUCUGUCCAAUACCUUCUACGAGUCUUCAGGCCAGUGGUGGUUCUCGGUGGACAGUGUGUCAUUGCUCUACAACAGCUCGCAGGAAGCUGUCUUCAACGCCAGCGAAGUCUAUGCGCCGUCCUCGUCCUCAUACCACUGCUCGCACGUUAGCAGCCUGGAGCGCCACAGCGCCCUCCUCAGGCCUGGCAGCGACCGCGCCCGCCGCUGGACGCUGACCUUUACCGACUUCCAGAUUCAGGCUUUUAACGUGACGUCCGGCGGCUUUUCCCCGGCCAGCGACUGCGCCGCCUUCUUGACGCCAGCCAUCUUGAUGGGGUUGGUGACAUCGCUCAUUCUGCUACUGGUUCUGGCCUACGCGAUGCAUCUGCUCGUGCACCUCAACCGCAUCGAGAACGAGCGCGAGCGCAAGGCGCACGCACGCUACCUCUACGAUCAUGAACAGCUAGAACGCUGCUGUGCCGAAAAUGCGGACGAUAAAGAGGCUUCCUAGGGACCAAAGUCCGUUUUUUUUGCUAGCAAUAGAUUUGAAUAAAUAUUUUUUACCUAUAUAUUUUUAUGGAUUUAUUUUCUUCAUUAAUCUUUUUAAUUACAUUUUUUAAAUGUUUUUUGUUUAUUUUAACCUGUCCUGUUCAGCUGCUUGACACGGAGAAUGGAGAUCUGAGUGUCCGAUUGGUCUAAACAGUUUUAAUGUGUUGCAUUGUGAUCAUUCAGUGUACCUCAUUAGGAGAAAGCAGCGAACAGGAAAGGGUUAUGGGGGAACAGAAGAAAAGAAGGAGAAAUAGAAGAAGCACAAACAACAACAAAUACAUUGAACGCCUACACUAACCAUGAAUAUGAUGGUGCUAUUGUUAGCUAGUUAUACUUCCGGUUGAUACCAUGUGUGGGGCCUGAUGACCAAGGAAAGAGGGGCAGGGUCUGAAAGAUAAGUGAUUGGGAGGGGUGGAGUGUACACAAAUCAGCCAUGUGGUUUAGAACCCAGUAUUUGUGUGAAUCCCUUGUGAGUGUAUGUUGGCAUCUUAUUCUAUGCUGUCUCAUCGCUAAUCCUGACACAGAGGUUUCCUACUUGAGUGUGUCUAAUUGCACCUAGUCAUGCAUGAAUCCCAUCAGACUGUGAUAGUCCCGCAGACGAGUGGAGAUGCUGCUGGGCGGGUGUCGCCUCAUGGCCAUGGCCAUGGGGGGCGAGCCAGGGCAGCCCAUUCCUCCUCCCAUCGUCAUCCCCCCGGGAUCCAGGGUGGUCCCCCGGGCCAUCUGCUCCCCCAUCAACCGGCCUUCAGGGAUGGGAUAUGGGGACGCGCCACCACCCUCUAUGCCCCCGCCCCAUUUUGUUUCUUUAGAAAAGACUUUUUUUUAAUUGAAUAAUAUUUUUGAAAAA